AUGUUACUCAUGGACGAUUCGACGACGGCGGAGGAGACGCGAAACCGGAAACGAACAAGGCUAAUGACCUCAUCGGCCGGUGACGUCGUCGACCGUAUCAGCGGCCUCGACGACGACGUGCUCCUCCACGUCCUAGAGCUGUUGGGCGACGCGAGGGACGCGGUGCGCACGAGCGCGCUCUCGCGGCGGUGGCUCGGACUCUGGAAGUGCGUGCCCGCGCUCAGCUUCAUCUCUCGGUCGGUGUGGGAAGCCACCAACGUCGAAGAACGCGCCGCCCUGACGCGGUACGUCUCCUCCGUUAACGACGCCCUUGCCCUGCGUACCCAAUCCGGCUGCGCCAUUGAGAGGCUGGCGAUGUCGUAUACCACACACUCACCUCACCCUGAUGACCCGUACCAUGAUGACAUGCCGCCGGCGUCGGUGGAUGCUUUCCGCAACGGAGUGGGAGGCAUCAGGGAUCCUGACGGUGAGCGCUACCUGGAACGGCUGAUGCCGGCGUCCGUGGAUGCCAUACAAGGAUGGAUCUGGUACGCUUUUCAGCACGGGGUGAAGUCUUUCAGCGUGAACAUGCGUCUGCCAUAUUUUUGGACAUAUUUUAUCUAUGGAGCGGACGCGAUGACGAGUCUCACUGGGGUGAGAAAUGGCCACGACGAAUACGAGCCCGUUGUGUUUCUUGAUGUGCUCCCUGCUAGCCCGGUAAGGUUGGAAGCCAUGCGAUUGGCAUUAGGCGGCGCAAGGCUCCGGCUCCCCACUGCCAUGGAAUUCACAUCACUCGCGGAUCUUUCGCUCGAAUGGAUCAGGAUGGAAGCCGGCAGUGUUCACCUUCUGGCCCGCCUCCUGUCGUCGGCGAGCUGCCCGCGUUUGCAGAAGCUGCGCAUGAGGAAGCUUUGCCUUGACGCUUUCGAUGAAGAGAUGCUGCUCGAAGCCGACAUGCUCUCGGAACUACGAAUACAGGACGUCAAAUUUCUGUCGCUGAAACUUAGGACAUCUAACCUAAAAGUUUUCCACUUGCUUCAGCCCUGGCACCAGCCGCUUACUAUCUCAGCUCCUAGCCUGGAAGAACUUGAAGUAUCCUGUCCGCGAGGAUUCCCGCCUAGAUGGCUUGAUGUUGAUGGCGAUUUACCGUGCGUGCGGAGCCUCAAGAUCUGUAUGAGGUAA